AUGGAAUCCUCUUCUUCCAAAAUGAACCCUGCUCCAAACAGUAUUGAGAAAGAAGAGUAUAUGUCUGAUCUAGAAAUCGAUAAUAGAUUCAAACAGAUCUUGUCAACCAUCCCCAAAAAAAAGGGUUCUGGGAAGGCAGAUUUCUACCAGUAUGAAGGUUUUUGGUACCCUUUCUUCCAUAUACCUGGAAUAUUGUUGGCUCAAGAACAUUUCAAGCCACAACCCAACCAAGUGAUUUUGAGCUGUUUUCCAAAAUGUGGCACAACUUGGCUUAAGGCUCUGGCUUUUGCUAUUAUGACACGAUCUUGUGAAAGCGACCCUACAAACCCUUUACUUACAAGAAUGUCACAUGAUUGUGUACCCUUUAUUGAGUUUCAAGUUAGCUCAAGCCAACCAAAAUUGAGUCUAGAUGUUCCACUUGUGUCUACACACAUUCCCUACACUUCCCUACCAAAAUCCAUUAUAAAUUCUGGUAGUAAAAUUGUUUAUAUAUGCAGGGAUCCGAAGGAUGUGUUUGCGUCUUUAUGGACCUUUCAAAGCAAGAUGACUACUCGGGCAGGACUCCCAAUCAAUGAAAAUAUUGAGGAUACACUUGAGUUCUUUUGUGAAGGAAUAACUACCGCUGGACCAUUUUGGGAUCAUGUAUUAGGCUACUGGAGAGCAAGUUUGGAAUCACCAGAGAAAGUAUUGUUUAUAAAGUUUGAAGAUUUGAAGAAUGAAACCGAAUAUUGGAUAAAGAAAUUGGCUCAAUUUAUAGGUUACCCUUUCUCCUUGGAGGAAGAGGAUAAAGGGACAUCAAGUGAGGAGGAAGGAUUCUGCAGUAACACUGCUACAGAUUUGGCACUUAAUAAGAAUCAAGAGAGUGAUGGUGAUUCACGGCAGACUUCAAGGCGAGACAUUAGAGGCCAGCAUAUUUCGAGGAUUACCUUCUGUGAUUGA